GAGAAGGCGGGCUCUUUGCUCUGCCGCAGGAUCUGGAGAGUGGCGCUGAACGCAGGCGGCGGGAGUGAGACCGGCACCGGCGGCACUGGCGGCACCGGCAGCGGCAGCAGCAACAGCAGGAUGCACAGCCAGGUACACAGCCGGCUGCCCAGCCUCAGCGUGCCCAAGCGAACCGAGAGCGAGAUUUUGAUCCCAGUUGUACCAGAUGAAGUUCUACUGAACAGUGGUCUCAUCCAGCACCUAGCGCUGAAUGCCAAAGAUGCAGCUCUCCUUUAUGGCGUGCUUAUGAGGACCAAAGAAGAUCCAAAUUCCAGUGAGACAAUCAGCUAUGCUCCCUUCACCCUGUUCCCAUCGCCGGUACCAACAAGACUCUUCAACCAGGCAUUUGAGGUCCAGCAAGACUUCAACUUGCUGGUUGAUAAAAUCAGCAUGGAUUCCGAAUUUCUGAAAAAUUCAUUAGCAAGCACAGCAGAAGCUGAUGAAUUUACAGCUCGCCUGUUCAACAUCUACACUCGGGUGCUUGAUGAAGGCAUUGCCCAGCCUAUUACGCUGGGAGUGAACAGAUCAGAUUACAUGUUUGACAAAAGACCCAAGCUGACUGCUACUUUGAAACAGGUUGAGAUUAACACCAUUGCUGCCAGUUAUGCAGGAUUGGCUGCCAGAGUCCCAGAAGUGCAUCGGCAGGUAAUGAAUGUCUGGGGAAAACCUGAUGAAGCAGCAAAGAUCAUGAGUAACAAAGCAGUGAAAGGAAUUUGCAAAGGCAUCGCAAGAGCCUGGCACUUGUACGGGUCAUCAGACGCAGCGGUUCUCUUCCUGGUUGAGAAGUUCUCGAGGAAUAUUUUUGACCAGCGUUGCUUGGAAAUGGAGCUUUGGAAAAAGAAUGUGCGUGUGAUAAGGAGGCAAAUGUAUGAAAUAUAUGAGAGAGGGACCUUGGAUGACAACAAAAAACUUUUUGUAGAUGGAAAUGAAGUGGCCGUUGCCUACUUUCGUACUGGAUACAGUCCAGAUGAUUACUUUAGUGAAGAGUGCUGGAUUGCACGACUGAUGAUUGAACGUUCCAUGGCAAUUAAAUGCCCAAAUAUCGCCACCCACCUUGUGGGAACCAAGAAGAUUCAACAGGAAUUGGUGCGUGAAGGAGUCCUUGAGAAGUUUCUGCCAGAGGACCCGGCUGCUGUUGAAAGAAUCCGUGCAACUUUUGUGGGCCUCUACAGCAUUGAUGAGGGUCCUGAGGGCGAUGAAAUAAUAGCAAAGGCACUGGCGGACCCAGAAUCCUAUGUGUUGAAACCACAGCGAGAGGGAGGAGGAAACAACAUUUUCGGUGAAGAACUCAGACAAGUCCUGGGGGGUAUUAAAGAUAAAGCUUCGAGAUCGGCCUACAUCCUGAUGGACCGCAUCAAGCCACAGGUGGUAAAGAACUACCUGCUGCAGUCUGGGGCGUCUGUGAAACUGUCUGAAUGUGUAGUUGAGUUGGGAGUAUUUGGUGUCUACAUCAGGAAUUGUAAUCGACUGUCCAUGAACUUGUCUGCCGGGCACCUACUUCGCACGAAGAGGACGGAGUUUGCAGAUGGAGGGGUGUCUGCUGGAGUGGCUGUUCUCGAUACGCCUUAUCUCAUCUGACCCACAAGUGGCUCGAAAUGCAUGCAGGUUGCUGCAUUACUGCUGUAGAAAUUCAGCCAGAACAUUUACACUCUCUCCUUAGGCUGGAGAGAGGGCAGUACUGGUGAAGGCUCUUGACUCAUUAUUUAGUGAAGGAUUCAAAAUCUUAGGUUUAAAUAAAAUGGACCAAGAGAAUGACUCAAUCCAAAUAUGAA